CCUGCGCAUUGCGCAUGACGUUCUGAUAGGGUAAAGACGAUCGAUCUGUACUUCCGCUGCAACCCAAACAGCUGCACCGAUGUUUUUAUAGUCAAAAUCAUCCGAUCUGUGUUGUCCUCUGCUGCUUAAACCAUGUCUGCAUCUGGAUUUGUUCUCGUGAUCCUCGCGGUGUCUCUGUGGCCCGAAGGAGACUCCAGGUUUAUUACUGACCCUUUGUCAUUCAUAAAGCAGAAAUCUCUGCAGACGUUGGAUAUCUGUCCAGAAUGCAGCCAGAUCAUCCAGCUGUCGGCCAACAUGAUUUUCAGCAGCGAUACCAAGGGAGUCGUAUAUGAAAGCUUGCACGCUUUGUGCCGCCGCCUCCCUGAAGAGCAGGUGCCAGAGUGUGAUUUACAGGUGAAGACUUACCUGCCCAAAAUCCUGCAUCAAACCCCUGAUCACGUGAAACCAGGAGAGCUUUGUGCAGCUUUUGGACUUUGUGCUCCUCACGAGAAAGAGAAAGUGCAGAAACUCUCCCACCGUGCAGCUGGCACAGAUACAUCCAGCCGCGCACUGGCCACAGGAACAAAGACAGAUGACGAGCUCAACCCAGUUUGCACCCUGUGUUUGUUUAUCAUCAAGAAGCUGGAGAGUCUGCUGCCCAAGAAUAUGACUGAGGAUGCUAUAAAGAAGGUCAUGGGGGAGGUCUGCGAUCUUAUACCCAAGCACUAUAAGGACCAGUGUGAUGAUUUCAUCAAUAAAUAUGGCGUCGAGAUUGUCGAAUUCCUUUUGUCUUCUGCUGCACCUCACACGAUAUGCAGUCUUCUGCACCUCUGUCUGUUCAAUGAGCAGCCGGUUCCAGAGGUGUUCCUCCCAUCAGACUGUGAGUCAUGCCGCAUACUGGCUGCGCUGAGCCGACUACACCAGGGCCUCAACGCCACUGAAGCUCAAACUUAUGCUUUCCUGGAGUCUGUGUGUGACAUCCACCCUACCGCCAUCCCUAAGUGUGAAGCCUUCACCAGUAUCUACGGCUCACGGCUGCAGAAGGUCUUGGGAAACCAGAUGGGAUAUCCUCAUGCAUGUGAAAGAGCUGAUCUGUGUGUGGCCUCGAAGCAGCUGGAACCGCUGGGAAAGAAUCGUUGUACCUGGGGACCAAGCUACUGGUGCAAAGAUGCUGAAACUGCUCAGGAGUGUGGUAAUCAAGCCUACUGUGAGAAAUACAUGUGGAAGAAGAAUGAGUGAAGCCUGCCAGACUGACUGCAGCCUUGUGCACACAGUGACCUACUUUUUAUUAAACUGAUCAACUGUUAAAUGUUUUCUACCUGUGAUGCACUGAUUGUUUGUUUUUUACAUUUUUGUUAUUGUUGCUGUUUUAUGGGUAAAUUUUCCAUAUUCCAGUCAAUAAGCCUUAUGAAUGUUACACAUGAAGUUUCCAGUUUGCAUGAAGUGUCCCACUGAGGCUGGGGUUCAUUCUGAAACAUUAGUUUAAGGCUGAACAGUAAGUCUUAUUCUGUGUAUUACAAUAGCUGUUAUUAUCAAUGUGAAAAUCUGCAAGCCACACGCUGAGCUCUAAGAAUAUAAUGGAAACUACUGACUGAUCGACACAGCUGCUGCUUCUGUAACAUUAUUUGAUCUUGCCUUGACUGCUGUUGCAAAUGACCACAUAUGAAUAAAAAUGGUAUUA